GUAUAAACUCAUUGGGCCCGGAAUUUCAAUGUCAUGUCUGAUUGAGAAAAACAAUACAUGUGCGUGAACGUUUCAAUAUGUUUCGAAGUGUUUUAAAAUCAAAUUUAUUCCGAAGUAGGAUAUUACCUACAACAAGACAUAUUCAGCUGAACAGCACUAAAUGGGCAGAACAAUGUGAAGCCACUGGUUUGCCGAAAAUAAACAGUACAGACGAGAUAUACGACGCAUGGAAACACAAAAUUGUGUACAGUUCGUUCAUAGAGAGCAGAACUUUAAAAAUGGGUUACAAACAAAACAAAAUCAUGGAAUCCAAACUUAAACAAUUACACAAUAGCAACAUAAGAAAAUCGUGCGAGAUACGACCGUUUUCGGUAGCUAUGAAGCAGUUACAGACAGAGGAAUAUAAUGAAUUGUUCGACGAUGGAAAAAUGGCUUUCGAUAAUGGCGAUAAUUCAUCUAUGGUUCACAUGCCUUACAAACAAAGCGGACUGAAAGUGCGCAAACUGGAUGAAUUGACGGAGGAAGGCAAUGAAAAACUAUUUACUGGAGAAUGGAUGUCAGAUUAUGAAUAUUACGAUGAACAUGAUCAGGAUGGAAGAUCGUUGUAUGGUACACCGGAUCCUAGCAUACCAUCUGCGAAAGUACCUUGUGGAGGAUGUGGUGCAUUGUUGCAUUGCAUCGAACCUAGUAUUCCUGGCUAUUUACCGAGUCAAUUAUUUAAAGGCAAAUCUAAAGAACAGUUAUUAACUACCAUUUGCCAAAGAUGCCACUUUUUGAAACACUACAAUGUUGCAAUAAAUGUGACGGUUUCCGCUGAUGAUUAUAUUCAAAUGCUGUCCUCUAUGAAAAGCAAAAAAGCUCUAGCCAUUCUUCUGGUCGAUGUUUUGGACUUUCCCUGCUCAAUAUGGCCUGGACUCGCAGAAAUAUUAGGAUCUCAACGACCCAUAAUUGUUGUGGGCAAUAAAAUCGACCUAUUGCCACAGGAUUGUUCUGGCUACUUGGAGAACGUGCGACAAUGUUUGACCAAAAGCAUAAUUGAAGCUGGUUUUUCGAGAAACAACAUCAAACAUGUGUCGCUCAUAUCAGCCAGCACUGGAUACGGUGUGGAAGAAUUAAUCACGAAAAUUCACAACGUCUGGGGCACCCGCGGUGAUGUGUAUCUGGUGGGCUGUACGAAUGUGGGAAAAAGCACACUUUUCAACGCACUACUUCGUUCCGACUUGUGUAAGGUGCAAGCGACCGAUUUGAUACAAAAAGCCACCGCAAGUCCCUGGCCAGGCACAACAAUACGUAUGCUUAAGUUUCCUAUUUUGCGUCCUUCGGACUAUCGAUUAUUUCUAAGGACGAAUCGCUUAAAACAGGAGCAAUAUAUACAGAGGGCAAAUCAACGGUUAAGACGCGAACAGUCUAAAGCGACUAGCGAUGUAAAACAUCCUACACUUCUUGGUCAUAUCGGUCGUACCUUCGAGAGGGAACAGGAAGAAGCUUUUGAUCAUUUCUCUCUGACGCAAAGGAGUGGUGGACCGACGCCGAUACUUACAUUGAACGAAAACAACGAAAAGUAUAUCAACUCUAAAUGGUGCUACGAUACGCCAGGUGUUGUCCAGCCCGAUCAAAUACUCGAUCUUCUUACUACGGAGGAAAUUCUGUUAACUAUCUCAAGACGUAUGAUUCGACCAAGAGUUUAUCUUCUAAAACCCGGCAUGACUUUAUUCGUUGGCGGUAUAGGACGAAUCGAUUUUCUAGAUGGUCCAAGCUCAAUUCGCCUUAUUCUUUAUGCUUCUAAUACGCUUCCAACGAUUAUUUGCGAUACAUCCGAGGCUAGUGCAUUGUAUACGGCACUCCUUGGCACACCUUUGCUCGGUGUACCGUUUGGUACUGUGGAUCGAUUAGAAAAGUUUCCACCGCUAGAAUGUGGCCCCAACAUCCUCGUACAGGGUACGCUAGAAAAGCAUACCACCAUCUGUGAUAUUUUAUUAUCAUCCGUCGGUUGGGUUGGUGUUAACUUACCACAACACAGCGAGGCCAUAUUUCGUGCCUGGACGCCGAAUAAACGAGGUAUAUACGUGCGUCAACCGGCGUUACUACCUAACGGACUUGCUCUAAGAGGAAAACGUAUACGAGGAUCGUUGGCCUAUCGUUUAGGAGAAGUGUUCAAACCGCGUUAGAGUAAAAUUGUGUAACAGAUUAGUGCAAGAGUAUGACUGUAAUAAAAUUAUUUAAAUAUUUUAUUACCAAA